AUGCAGACGCUCGUAGAAGGGCAGACGCUGCUCCACGACGGCCGCUAUCGCUUCUUGCGACGCAUCGGCAGCGGCACUUUUGCCGUCAUCAUGCGUGCUCUGGACGUGCAGCACGACCGCCACGUCGCGAUCAAGUGCGUCCGCCAGCAAGCGCUGAAGGCACUGGGCGAGCGCGAGGCGGCAGUGCUGCAGCACAUCAACGAUCGGGACGCGGACGGAGCGUGUGCCGUCGUACGCCUGCUGACGACGUUCGAGGAACACGGCCACUACUGUCUCGUGCUGGAGCUCCUGGGGGCUCCAGUGCUCGACGUGGGGCGAUGGGGUCCGUGGCGGCAGCCGCGCAGUGGGGCGCGCGCGGCUCCUCCUGCGACGCUGCAGCUCUGGCACCGCCCGCGGCGGUCGUCUGCUGCGCCCGAUGAUGCACGUGCUGCCCUUUUCUCGCAGUCUCCGGGACAGCAGUGGACGCAAUACGCGGACGGAGACGACGCGGCCGCGUGGGCUCCGCCCGUGUCGCUACGGGACGUGCGGCAGAUGGCAGUGCAUCUCUGCGGGGCGCUCGCGUUCGUCCAUGACGAGGGCCUCAUCCACGCCGACCUCAAGCCCGAGAACGUCGUGCGGUCGGGUCCCGACGCUCCGCUGCGGCCGUCGACGGCCGCUGUGUCGUGCUCGUCGCCGGUGAAGUUGGUGGACUUUGGCAACUGCUUUGACGCGCACGAGCUCGCGGCGUACGCAGACGUGGACGCGCGUGGGGGCUUUGACGUGCAGACCGUCACGUAUCGCGCGCCAGAAGUGGCUGCAGGGCUCUUGCUCUGCGCAGCUAUGGACAUGUGGUCGCUCGGCUGCCUCCUCGUGGAAUGCGUGUCGGGCACACCGCUGUUCACGCUGCCGCCUCUCGAGCCGUCCGUGCAAGAAGAGCGUGCGGACGUGGUGAAGCGCGAGAACACGCACCUCUUGGAGCAGAUCGAGCGCGUUGUGACGCAGGGGGUCCCGCUGACUGCAACGUGUGCGCCGUACCGGUCUUCGGCCUGCUACCACGCGGAGCUUGCUGCAGAAAGCAAAAGAGGUCGUGGCCAUCGUCCGGAAGCAGCGACGACAUUGCAAGCACGGCUAGAAGCCGCGGCGCCAGGGCAGCACGAGUUUCACGAUUUUAUUUGCAGUCUACUGGACGUGAACCCCGCGAUGCGAGUCACGGCCAGGCAGGCCCUCUUCCAUCCGUUCCUGCAAGCCUUAUUCCCGUUUAAAACUGUCUUUGCUCGAUCACGAUCAUCGGAGACGCAUCCAGCUACCACCGGACGUGCAGCCGCCCGUACUAUUGCACCCGCAUCAGCGAUAGCUGACACAAAGCGUAAGGCGUCGCAAGCUUCUCGAUCACGCGACCACGAGGUCCAAGAGGCUUCCAACCGAGCGCUGAAGAGUCAGAGGUUGGCCAGGACAGCAACAUCGGCUCGCACGAAGGACUUGCGUCAAGUGCUGAAAGUCAUACCGCGCCACCGCUUUUCCCAUCCGCCACACUGA